CGCGUGCAUUACGCUUUCCGAAGUUGCGAGUUACCUGCUAGAUGUCUACUACACGGCCGAUGAAGGCCCAUGAUUUUCAAGUUGGUCCAUGUUAAUGCAAGAGAGUAAAUUUACUCAGAAUCGAAUGUUCUGAAACGGAAAGAAAACUUUAGAGACUGAAUUAUAAGAGUUGAUGUCGGAGAAACUACUAAGAAAGUUAUGGAGAACACCGAGCAGCUGCCAAUGGAUGGUGUCAAUAAAACUGGAUGGGUCAAUGGGACAGGGAAAUUGGAGAAAAAGAAACAGAGAAAUAACACGAAGGGACUGCAGAGAAAAAUAAAAAAACAGAUGGAGUUCUAUUUUCCCAAGCUCAACCAGUACAAGUUUAUGAAACAGCAUCUUGAUAAUGCACCAGAUGGCUAUGUUCCCCUUUUUCCUUUUUUAAAGUUUGCCAGUAUACUAAAGUUAACAAGCUCAACAGAGGCUAUUGCAAAGGCACUGGAAACAUCUAGUCUUCUGGAAAUCAGCAAAGACAAAACUAAAGUCCGAAGAACUCAGCCAGUUCAUCAUAUGGCUGAGGAAGAGGCUGAUGAAAAGACUGUAUACGUGGAAGGGUUACCGCCUACUGCAGACCACAAUUGGAUUGCUCAGUGCUUCUCAUCUUGUGGCAAGGUUACAUUUGUCAGUCUACCCCGUUACAAAACUACUGGAGUUAUAAAGGGCUUUGCCUUUGUUGAAUUUGCGACACCAGUGGAGGCAGCCAAUGCUAUUAAAGAAAUGAAUGUGUCAGGACUUCCAUCGGACAAAAUGAAAGAAAUGAACACCAAAGAUGAGGAGAUGAAUGAACAAAAACAAGGGAAAGGGAAGAAACUGAUGAAAGAGCCACCCAGGUUGAGAGUGAUGUCAAAGAAUGAAUGGUCUAGACUUAGAAGCCAGUAUCUGGAUCAGCAGCGAGCCAGCAUGGCAAGUCACAAGCAGCUGCAGCAUAGCACAGGGCAUCGAAAGUCAGGUCCAAGUCUUCAUUCAGCACCUAAGUUUCAGCCUAGUGUUAUUGUUGAAAUCAAGAGUGAGGACCCAAUGUCACACAAACAGCUAAAGCAACAAAUUCAGUCUGACAUUAAAGUUGCGUACAUUGAUGUAAAAGACAACAUGCUUCAUGGGUACAUUCGCUGCAAAGAUGCUGAAAGUGCCCAGACGCUUGUAGCUUCCAAUCUCACUGGCUGUACGCUGCAUCUUGUGCAAGGUAAAAAGGAAAGUAAAUACUGGAAUAAAAUACAAAUGGACAGAAUGAGCAAGUGGGCAAACAGCAAAAGGCCAAAGAAAAAGGGAUCUUCAAAAAUUUUAGAAAAAGUAAAGAGUUUUAUGCUGCAAUCGAUGGAGAAAAGCCACAUCUUGAUUGACGGGAACUUGUCAGAGCGACACGAUAAAGAAAAUGGCAUCAAAGCUAAAGCUUCAACAUUGCCUUCUAGUAAAAUGAAUCAUGCUCCUAAGAGUGAAGGGGAUCUUCAUAAGGUGGCAAAUAUCAAGCCAAGUAAGAAGCAAGCUCUUAAGGAGGGUAUUGGACUGCCUUGUAAUGAGAGACAGGAAGUUGGCAAAUCAAGAAGCACAACGAAACAGAAAAAAUCUGACAAAGAAAUGAUAGAGCAGAAUGCUGAGAAGAAAAAGCUAGAGGUAAAAGAAGCCACCAAGAAAUCAUCUGAGCAGCCUGAAUUGAAGGAAGCUGAUAUCAGAAAAGGGAAACAGAAGAGUACUGACAGAACUGAAGCAGAUUGUGCCAAGAAAAGCAAAGGACUGCCUUGUAAUGAGAGACAGGAAGUUGGCAAAUCAAGGAGCACAACGAAACAGAAAAAAUCUGACAAAGAAAUGAAAGAGAAAAAUGCUGAGAAGAAAAAGCUAGAGGUAAAAGAAGCCACCAAGAAGUCAUCUGAGCAGCCUGAAUUGAAGGAAGAUGAUGGCAGAAACGCAAAAGGAAGAGUACAGACAGAACUGAAGCAGAUUGUGCCAAGAAAAGCAAAGGAAUGCCAUUGUAAUGAGAGACAGGAAGUUGGCAAAUCAAAGAUCACAACGAAACAGAAAAAAUCUGACAAAGAAAUGAAAGAGAAAAAUGCUGAGAAGAAAAAGCUAGAGGUAAAAGAAGCCACCAAGAAAUCAUCUGAGCAACCUGAAUUGAAGGAAGCUGAUAUCAGAAAAGGGAAACAGAAGAGUACUGACAGAACUGAAGCAGAUUGUGCCAAGAAAAGCAAAAGUGAGGCAUCAGACAAAAUGGAAGAAAUGACUGCCAAAGAUGGAAAGACAAGAAAGAAACUGAAGAAUGACCCCCACAUGUUGAAGGUUAUGUCAGAGCAUGAAUGUUCUAGACCUAAAAGCGAGUCUCUGGAUCAGCAGCAAGCCAGCAUGGCAAGUCAUAAGCAACCACUACACAGCAUAUGCAAUAAUGUUGUACAGGGUACAAAACAUGGGAUGGUGUCUUCAUAUGCUGGGGAUCAAAAGUCGGCUCCAGGUCUUUGUUCAGCAUUUAAGUUUCAGUCCAAUGUUAUUGUUGAAAUCAAGAGUGAAGGCCCAAUGUCACAGGAACAGCUAAAGAUUUUAGAACAAGUAAAGAGUUUGAUGCUGCAAUCCAUGAAGAAAAGCCACAUCUUGAUUAAAGAAGACUUGUCAGAGCGACAUGAUGAAAAAUGGCAUCAAAGCUCCGGGUUCAACAUUGCCUCUAGUAAAAUGAAUCAUGCUCCUAAGAGUGAAGGGGAACUUCAUAAGGUGGCAAACAUCAAGCCAAGUAAGAAGCAAGCUCUUCAGGAGGUAUUGGAAUGCCUUGUAAUGAGAGACAGGAAGUUGGCAAAUCAAGGAGUAAAACGAAACACAAAAAAUGUGACAAAGAAAUGAAAGAGAAAAAUGCUGAGAAGAAAAAGCUAGAGACGUUAGAAAAAGUAAAGAAUUGUAUGCUGCAAUCCACGAAGAAAAGACACAUCAUCUUUGAAGAGGACUAGUCAGAACAACAAGCAGAAAGACAUGAUGAAGGAAAUGGCAUCAAAGCUUAGGCUUCAAUAUUGUGACUGAAAAAUUCUGUACUUUUGUGACUGCAGAAAUUUCACUGCCUUGUAUCAGACUUGGUUUAUAAAUGAUGUAAGUAUGAACAUCUGUUGCUGUUUUUAACAUUUGUUGAAAAUUUUUUAAGCCCUUUAUUAGUUGCAGUUGAUUUUCAGGCCAAGUCUAUAACACUACAGAAAGCAAGUCUUGAUGAGAUAUAACAGCACUUUAUUCAUUUUGAUAUGCUGUAACCAGCGCUCAUUUAGAAAUUCCGAUAUAGAACUGCAUGAAAUUCACAGCUGCACAGACUGUCCUGUUGGUGGAUGGGGAGAAAGCUGAUAUAUUCAGGCAGAAACAUACAGAAAAGUGUGUCACCAUACAGCACACCCACAUGUAAAACAUUAAAUGCAUAGUAUUUCGAAAUUAACUGUCCACAGCACAAACUACAUUACCAAAAGAGCACUUCAUAUCUAAUCAUGUGCAUAUGCACAUCCAUAUAUUCUUAAAGGAAGUCAUCACAAGAAAGUGCAAGUUAAUGCAUAAUACAGGCAUAAUGUUCAUCACCUAGUAACAGUUCUGGCAACUAACUUUAAAAAACCCCAACCAAACUAUGGAAUUCGUGCCCAUAGGGUUACAAAAAGUGACCGGUUUUCUUGUCUACCAGUUUAAGCCUUAGUAUGAAGAAGAAGCUCUAUGCUGUACACUGGGAUAGACUGACACAUUGGUAUUCUUAUCAGUAUAACUGAAAAUACACAUUUGGUGAAAAGUU